AUGGCCUCAUCGGGGCCGGAGCCCACGAUGAAUAAAAGCUCCAGUAAGUCAAAGGUGAUAAAAUCGAUCAGGAGUUGUUCUUUGUCGGGAAUGAAAGUUUCUAAAGAUAAAUUGAGGCAGAAGAUCAGGAUGCCUGAGUAUUUACGUCUUGCGAUCAGUGACGCCAUUAAGGCUAAAAACAUCAAUGCCGGAAAACACCAUUUCGAUGCUAACAAGCUCGCUGACUUUUCCGAUGAUGGUGGUGAUAAUCCUCCCCCCGUCGCCCCUGAAUCGCCUUUGGUUGUUUUUGUUAAUUCCAAGAGCGGUGGCCGCCAUGGCUCUGAUCUUUUAUCCAAGUUGCCGGAUCUCAUGGGCGAAGAGCAGGUUCUUGAUCUUCAAAAUAUAAAACCUCAUGAAUUUGUUCAAUACGGAUUGGCUUGUUUGGAAAACUUUGCAUCUCUUGGAGACACUUGUGCCAAAGAAACUCGUGAAAGAUUAAGGAUUGUGGUAGCAGGAGGUGAUGGGACAGUUGGUUGGGUCCUUGGGUGCCUCGGUGAGCUUCACAAACAGGGUCGUGAUCCGGUCCCACCAACAGCAAUUAUUCCUCUUGGCACAGGAAACGACUUGUCUAGGAGUUUUGGAUGGGGUGGUUCGUUUCCUUUUAAAUGGAAAACAGCCAUAAAGAGGACCCUUGACAGGGCCCUUCAUGCUCCACUUGGCUGUCUUGAUAGUUGGGAGCUUUUAAUAUCAAUGCCGGCUGGUGAAGAAUUGGAAACCCCACACGCAUUGAAAAAAACUGAAGUGGUCGCUCUUGAUCAGGAUUUAGAUAUUGACGGGGAAUUGCCUGAGAAAGUUUCUUGCUACCAAGGAGUCUUCUACAAUUAUUUUAGCAUAGGAAUGGACGCCCAAGUGGCUUACGGUUUCCAUAAUCUACGGAAUGAGAAACCGUAUCUUGCAAAAGGUCGUAUUGCAAACAAGAUAAUUUACUCCGGAUAUAGUGCCAAACAAGGAUGGUUUUUUCACGCCUUGUAUGACCGACCCGAGCUUGAGAACAACUGGAAAAUGCAUAUAGUUGCUUACUUUGGCAGGGGACUAAACAACAUUUUAAGGAUGCAUAUUAAAAGGUUAAACAGCCCAACAUGGGAGCUGAUUCCUCUUCCAUCUAGUAUUAGGUCCAUAGUCGCUUUGAAUCUUCAUAGCUAUGCAAGUGGAAGGAAUCCAUGGGGUAACUUGAAGCCCGAGUAUCUAGAAAAGAAAGGUUUUGUGGAGGCUAAUUCAGACGAUGGUCUAUUGGAAAUUUUCGGAUUUAAACAAGGAUGGCAUGCAUCAUUCGUUAUGGUCGACUUAAUAUCAGCAAAACACAUUGCACAGGCAGCAGCAAUUAGAUUUGAGAUAAGAGGUGGAAUGUGGGAAGAAGGUUUUCAUGCAGAUGGAUGCCCUGAUUUCGACUCGGAAUCCUACAUCUCCGAUCUACGAACCUUUGACCCCUUUGAAACCCUAAGAUCGGAGCUGCAGUCUCAUCUUUCAUCCCUUAAACAUGAACUAGUAGAGCUAAUUAACCGAGAAGAAGCGACUUUGAAGGUCCCAUUGAAAGAUCCUAAGAAGAAAGAUGAUAAGAAAGAUGAAGAUCUUUCGGAGGAGGAUUUGGCGUUGAUGCAGCAAUUAGAGAUGUAUGUUGAGAGGGUUCAGGAUGCGGAUCAAGGGUUACAGAAGGUUGCUCUCGAGAGCAUGAGAUACCUCCGUGGACCAGAUGACAUGUCAGUUUUGGACAACAUGCAGAGAGGUACUAGGAAGCUUCAUGAACAAACAGAAGAAGUUCAAUCUUUGCAGGGGUAUAGUAAACAGGAAAUAUCUGAGCUCACAGAGCAGAUGCGUAAAUCAUAUGAAGAGCAGCUUAAGCGAAUCACUGAAAUGUUUUAG